GCCUGGGGCACCUGGGCACACAGGGGAGCCCAUCCCAGAGUCUCUCCAGCUCUGGCAGCGACCGUCGAAGGGUCCCCAUGAAGGGCGAAACCCCCGUCAACAGUACCAUGAGCAUCGGGCAGGCCCGCAAGAUGGUGGAGCAGCUCAAGAUUGAGGCCAGCAUGUGCCGGAUAAAGGUAUCCAAGGCAGCAGCUGAUCUGAUGACAUACUGUGAUGCCCACGCCUGCGAAGACCCACUCAUCACCCCAGUGCCCACCUCUGAGAACCCGUUCCGCGAGAAGAAAUUCUUCUGUGCCCUGCUCUGAGCCCUGCCUGCCCCACCCCUCAGCUACAGCCACUGUGUAAUCCCCACUCUCAGCCUCUCCCCCGACCCUGCCUGGGUGAUUGGGCACAACUUCCCAGGUAGGGCCUGACCCACCGCCAAAUUCUCAGGCCCUCCUAGGACCAACUUUGGAGCUGGGUGUUUGGCUGGGACCACUCCCCCAACCCCACACAAACUUCCACAGACAGAGCACCUGCCCAGAGCACAAGCCCCCAAAGUCCCUCCCCUUCAGGGGGAACCCACCCCACCCCUACUCCACACACAUCAAAGCAGGAGGGGGUUUCACACCUCACCCUGGCAGGAGUCACACCAAGACCUGCUCCCCUCUCGAGGCCUGGGGCAGCUGAAGCUGGAGGCCCAUCCUCAGCAGCAUCACAGACCCCGAAUCAUCCCAACUCCAUUAGGAAGGAGGGUGUUAGCUUCCAGCCUGCUGCUCCUGGGUGCCAAAGGGGGAAAGAGGCCCAUCUCCUUCCCCCAGGGCUGGAGGGGCAGCGCCUAGAUUGCAGGGCUCAGCCGCCCCACAUAAUGUAAACUGAGAUCUUGAGAAUAAAGUAACAGGAGGCACAGAGCCUGGGGUGGCAUCAGUGUUAUUGCGGCACCAGAAGCAGUGCUGGAGGUGAGGCUGGCAUUAGGGGGCCUGGGGUGGGCAUAGGCAGUGCCAUCAGAAGAGGCUGGCUGGAGGUGGAUAGGAACACUGGCUAGGGCUUGUUUGUGGGGUGGGCAGGGGGCACUUUUGGGACUAGGGGCCUAGCUUGAGCAGUGAGGGGGACAGGGGCUUUGCUGACAGCGAGGCCCCACCAGUCUGUAUGGGGAGUGGGUAGCCUCCAGCAAUGUGGCCCCGGUGGUGGGAGGAAUGCCCAGGAUAUAGUCCCCAGAACCAGUCGCCAUCCCAGUGGAGAUUGGCUCAGGGACCCCAGGAGGGAAGGGAGCAGCCCAGACACCCCCCUACUCCCUGCCCAAUUCCCAGCCCUUGGUAAAGCUCAAUGGCUUCCUACACACACAAUAAUCCACCCCCACCCCCCAAACAGCACCUGGCACUCCCCCCCUCCCCGCCAGUCCCUGUCCCAGUGCUAGGGCACACAUGGCCCCUCUCACCUGAGAGGGCCAAACAGCACUCACCCCAGUCCUAUCAUGCCCCCCCACUGACACAUCACUGGGCUCAUGGUGAAAAUAAUUCAUGGCUCUUUAUAUCUAUUUCUAUACAGUGAAAAAGCAGCUGAGAGACUGCCCACAGCAGGGGGCAGAACAGGGAGAUCCAGGCAUGGGGGAGAAGAAACAGGGGUGCCCGGGGGGGAGGGCAGGUGAUCUUUGCCCCCAUGGGGGGCAGGAGUGACAGGUGGAUCAGGAGCUGGGUUUGGGCUGGGGCCCCCCAACGCGGAGCGAGCACAGUCCGCCUAGCACAGUCCUGGAGUGAGGGGGAGGGGAGCCGCACAGUCCGGCCUCCAGCAUGGGGGAGCAGAGUGUGGCAUUCAGCCUGUAAACUGCCGGCUGGGGCUUCCCAGCAUGGGGAGCACUGGCGGGUGAAGGGGGCAGAGUGAAA